AUGGACGAUCCUCGAAGACGUCCCGCCGGUGCGCUGCCUUCCCGCGGCCCGGCUGGCCCUUCUCCCGUCCGCAAUCCCGGGGGAAGCGCUAUGAAUAGCAAUGCCUCUCGGCGCGGCCCGUCCAGCACUACAGGCGGCGGCGGCGGAGGCGGCGGGAGCUCAGCGGGCCGCGGGAGAGCGCGGCCGCUUAGGGGAACUUCCGGCACUUCCGCUCCGCCAGCGCAAAGGGGCGGGGGGGGGCCUGGCGCAGCUCCGCCAGCUAAGUCCGCCGCUGCAGGCAGGGGCGCGAGGAGUGGGAAAGGCUUGCGCUUGCGCCCCGCGCGCCCGCGCGUGCAGUUGCGGAAGUACCCCGGAUUAAAGCCCGCCAUAUCUAGGUACAGUAAGCUACGCGCACGCGCCACGGGACAGCUCGUGGAGCCGAAAAAGCGCCUGCGGUUCAGCGAUAAGGUGGAGGUUGCCACGUGGGACGCUGACGUGGACGAUGAUCCCGGCGCCAACUCAGCAGCAACUGCUGGCUCAAGUCUCCCCACCGGUAGCAAGAGGCUCUUUCUUCGAAAUGUUUUUCUUGGCGCCAAGGAAAGCAUCAACGACGCGGCGGAAAGUUUGUUCGGGCAGUCGAAAAAGGAGCUUCCUAAGGAUCUGCCCACAGAGUUUGUUCGAGACGCUCCUAGAUCGAAGGAGUUAAAGAAGGCCUAUAAAAAGGAGCAGCGCGCGCGGGGCGACAGUGAUUAUGCUAAGAAGGAACACCGACCAAGGACCAAGAAGGACGGCGAAACGCGAGAGCGGAAGGCGGUCGCUGGCGGGCAGUCCGCAAACAAAGGAGCGGGCAGGGGGAAGCCAGGGGUGUGGGUGGACGAAGAUAUAGAGUCAUCGGAGGGAGAGGAAGACGAGGAAUGGGGAGAAGAAGGAGUGGAGCAAGUCUCGCUGGAUGCUGACGUGGCGGCUGCUGCUGGCAGCCAGGUGGCAGCAUGGGACGGCGUGGAGGUGAAGCGGUUGGGGGAGAGGGAAGCGGAGGAAGCGUCGGGUUCAGCAGUAAAGGCCAGUGCUGCGAGUCAGGCGGAAGGCGGAACCCCCAGGCGCAUGCGCAGUCCCUCCCUCAUAGGGGCGCCGUUUUCCCCCCGCGGGGCGCAGCCCUCGCCGCAGAUGGGCGCACCUGCAGCCGGAGUGGAGGCGUUGACUCUGGCAGAUAACGACAAAAAGCAGAGCGGCGCCCCCCAAACGAACCAAUCAGUCGCCUGUAACGAAUCCGAACCCCUUGCGGUUACCACUGCCUCUCGCCAAUCUUGGGGUUCAGGCAAGCAGCCUGGCAGCCGUCGCUCCACCUCGGUGCAACUUAACAUGAGCGAUAGCGAUUUGUACGCACAUUCUACUGAUGAUGCUGAUUAUGAUGGCUUGCCGGUGCACGGCGGGGGGAAAGGGAACGAGUUUUCAAUGGUGAGCCCGAUGCGGCAGCACCAGCAGCAGCAUCAGGACGCGGAGCAUCGGGCAGACCGGUUCGUUCCUUUAUCUGCCCGGGGCACGCGGCCGAAAACUUUUUCGGAUGAUGAUUGGUUUGGGGAGGGGGAUGGAGGCGCCCUGUUGGUGGCGGUGGUGGCGGUGGUGGUGGCGGUGGCAGUGGUGGUUAUGGUGGUGAGGGAGGUGGUUAUGGUGGCGGUGGGGGAGGAGGUUACAGUGGUGAUGGUGGUUACAGUGGUGGAAGAGAGGGGUACGGCGGUGGAAGAGAGGGGUACGGCGGUGGAAGAGAGGGGUACGGUGGUGGAAGAGAGGGGUACGGCGGUGGAAGAGAGGGGUACAGUGGUGGUGGUGGGGGGUACGGUGGUGGUGGGGGGGGCAUGCCUAGCCGCCCAGGAGGAGGAGGGGGUACGGGGCAAGUGGUUUGCUGCAGGCACUGAAGGUUUGGUGGUGCAAGGAGAAGCAGAAGGACCGCGUCUUCAGGAUGCUGGCGGAUGGCUCACAGGACAAGAGCCGUGGCAGGAAUGGGAAGUGAGGGUAGCGGUGAUGGGAGAUGGUAGCUUUGAUGGGCUGGAUUGGAAGCAACAGAUGGCUCAGAUGCAGCAGGCGAGCAAGGAGCAGCAGAAGGACCGCACUUUCAGGAUGAUGGCUGACAGCUCGCGCAGGACAAGCGGGGCACUGGGUAUGGAAAGAGAGGGUAGAGAUGAUGGGAGAGCGUAG